AUGAAAAUAAAUCCUACUACUUCUGUUCCUAGAGUUUCCACGCUUGAAAAAGAAAAUCUGGGGCGUAUUUCUCAAAUCAUUGGUCCAGUAUUGGAUGUAGCCUUUACCCUGGGCAAGAUGCCUAAUAUUUACAACGCCCUAGUAGUUAAGGGUCAAGAUAUCGCCGGUCAACAAAUUAAUGCAACUUGUGAGGUACAACAAUUAUUAGGAAAUAAUCGAGUUAGAGCUGUAGCUAUGAGCGCUACAGAUGGUCUAACGAGAGGAAUGGAAGUGAUUGACAUGGGAGCUGCACUAAGUGUUCCAGUCGGCGGAGCGACCCUAGGACGAAUUUUUAACGUGCUUGGGGAGCCUGUUGAUAAUUUAGGUCCUGUAGAUAUCUAG